CAGAUAUUAAUAGCAGUCCGUGAGUGCCGGAUGGGAGUUUGCUGAAGUGUGGAGGAUUAGUAGUACCUAGUAGUCUACCAUGUAACUAUCCUGUAUGAGAUGUAAUCCAUCACCUGGACGCCACCUCUCUCUCUCCCCUCCGUCAAUCUUAUGAAUCUUAUCCUCCUCCAUGCAUCCUCCGUUUUGCAUGAUGAAAUGACUCACCCUUGACAUGGACUACCCGCUAAUUCUUGCAUCCCUCCCGUCCUUCAUAAUAAUCACAAGAAUGUCCGACAUCGAUCAUGUCCGCUUCGUCUCAGCCCUCCAACCGCGACAGCUCUCCCGUUCCUCCCCCUCCUCCUCCUCCAGCUCCACAUCCCCUGCAGAGCCAUCAGAGAUAUUCAAAUCGCGCUGCCAGUGCUCUGGCUAGAUUCGCACAGCCUUUUCUGUCUGUCUCGAGACCACCUAGUCCCCAUACCUCUAGCCGUUCGUCGGACACCGGUUCUCGAUCAACCAGAUCCAAAUCUCUACCAGGUGCCUCACAGACCGUCACCCACAAAACCGGCAUCCCCAUCGCGGCCUUGGAUAUCUCCCCUCAACGCACGCACGCUGUCGUCGGAGGCAAGGAGAUUCUGAAGACCAUUCGAGUUUCUCCAGACCAUUCGUCCGAGGAAUUUAAUAUCCGCAAUGCCAUUAUUAGUUAUGCCUCCACCCACAACGUCACCGGUGCCCUGAACGCUCGCUACAAGGAGCAGCUGACUGUGAGGGAUGUUAAGUGGUCACACGGCGCGUACGACACGGUCAUCGCCACGGCCGUCGCUAACGGCCCUGUUGUGACAUACGACCUGAAUCGCGCAGGUCUUGAGCUCUCCCGGUUCCAGGGACACAGUCGUCAGGUUCAUCGACUGGCCUUCAAUCCGCACUUUCCUGCUUAUCUUCUUUCCGGUAGCCAGGAUGCUACGAUUCGCAUGUGGGAUCUGCGCAUGCCUCCUACGGAGCGUGGAGCUAUGACGUCCGGUUGCCAGAAGAUGUUCAACGGUAACAGCGAUGCCAUUCGUGAUAUCAGAUGGUCGCCGACGGACGGUGUUAUGUUCGCUACGGCUACGGACAGCGGGGCAAUCCAGUUGUGGGAUGAUCGCAAAACGGCCGCUCCGUUGCUGAGGAUAGCAGCCCACGAUAAGCCUUGUUUUUCAGUGGACUGGCAUCCUGAUGGGAAAUAUCUCAUCAGCGGCGGCACAGACAAGCUGGUCAAGGUCUGGGAUUUUUCUUCCACCGCCGAGCGACGACAGAAGCCCACCUUCCAGUUUCGCACCCCUCAGGGCGUUCUCAAUGUCCGAUGGCGUCCGCCCUGCUGGUCUGGGCAGUCGCAGGGUGUGGGCGAUUGGCAGUCGACCCAGGCUGUGACCUCGUAUGAUAAGGGAGAUCCCCGCAUUCAUCUCUGGGACCUUCAGCGUCCGCAUAUACCCUUCCGAGAGUUUGACCGGUAUGACUCUCUGGCGGCGGAUCUCCUUUGGCAUUCGAACGACCUUCUAUGGACCGUUGGCGAAGCUGGCGCUUUCACCCAGACCGACGUCCGAUAUGCCCCACAAAUUAUCAACCAGCGGCCAAUGUGUUCCGUGGCCUGGAGCCCUAGCGGAGACGUUCUGGCGUUCGUUCAGAAACGCCCGCGGCGUGCGUUGGGGAUCCAUCCGGCCGAGUUUUUGGGUUAUGGCAAUGAGAGCGGCAAUAAUGGUGAGAAGGCAUUAGGCCAGAGCCCCAAGGAUGAGGUUCUCGAUGAAACGCUCUUCACUAGUACCACUUCUGUGCGCCAACGCAAGUCUAGAUCUUCUAAGUCAUUGGGCAGCACUCCGCCUAGCGCCGCGGAUACGAUCCCUGUUCUUCCCUUGGACAGGUCGCUUUCAAAAAAUGACAAUCCUGAUCCGUCUCAACUGGGAGUCAUUGGGACCGUUCCUGGGGCCACCGUGGACUCUUCUCUCCUCCGGUACCUCGCUCGCCAUUAUUCGCCUUUGAUAGAAGACCCUGAUGACAAGCAGUCGGAUGAAAACCGGUUGGUUUCUCUGCUAGACUCGUUUGACGACAAUGCAGAAUGCGCAGAGAGUGUAUCACUAUUCAGACUCUCCCAGACGUGGAGAGUUGCAAAAUUCGCCCUAGUCCAGGACCUCCAUCGAAGGGCUAGGGAGCAACGUGAGCUAAAUCAGAGCGGAAAUGGGAAAGUAAGAAAGAGGCUCUCGAAUGAAGGUCCACUGGCCGAAAGAUCCCGGCAUGUAGAGGAAGGAAAACAUGACAAGGUGAAAAGCCGGCUGUUCAAAGGAGUUAUAGAGGCGGAAGGGCAGCGAACGCUUGUUCCAGAAGUCGAUAGCACGUCGAACAUGACGACGCCCCUUGCGCGGCCAUUACCCGACUCUUCUCGGCUGAACUCUCUUGAAACCACCGAUUAUACAGCUGACUCCCUUGAUGACGGGGCGGGUAUACAGGCCUUGCCACCGUCGGUGUUGAGCUCGAAUAGCAACGAUCUAUCGUUCUCUAGUGUCGACCGCCGACAGCUCGGACACCGUCCAUCCGAGUCAAGUGAAGAUGGGUUUGUCCAUGCCGGGGAAUCUGUAUCAGAUCGAAUGUCUCAACUUGGGCCUCCAUCCCUACCGGCUGACCAGAGAUCUGCGCCACGAGCAAUUGCUGGUAGAGCCGAUUGGCGUAUUCUGAAUCAUCAAGAUUUCCCAAAAGUCGCUUCGGAUGAGUAUGAGCAAAAGCUAGAAGACAAAAGGGCGGCCCUACGCGACUAUAAACAAUUGCCGAAGAAGGUCUUGUCUUUAGAACCGUCUAUGCAACCUACGAAGCCUCCUAUACCAGGUCAUUUUCCUCGUCAAGAAUCUUCGGAGAGCUUUCCUAUGUUCUCUGCAUCCACAGAUAGCUCACACCCUACCAAGUCAGUCGGGGCCUCCUUCUCUCCAAAACCAGCGGCGAUGCUGGCUGAUUCUGACCCCAAUUCGAGCGCGGAAGCUUUGAACGCAGAGGGGACUUCGCCGUCAGACCGCGGGGCCUUGCCGGAUGAGGACGACUCACUGAAAAGCUUCUCUUUUGAAGAGAGCCCUUCCGGGACCAAUGAUAUUCAUCUCCAACGGCCUUCGAGUCCCCUUGCGCUUUUUUCUGAGCCUCAUCUUGAGGUCUCCGGUAAUGGCACUACGCCGACCGCUAUAGGAUCAUCGAAAUUAUUAAUACCAGGAGGCAAGGAUGACCUCUCAACAGUCAGUAUUCCCAUGACUUCGGACUUGACGGAAGAUAAACCUUGGAGUGUCGAGGUUCUCUUAAGGGAGGCAAUCAGACAUUAUCGUAACAGCACUCCCCUCGAUAUUCAGUCUGCAGCCCACUUAUUGCAGAAACUUCACAUUCUUUUCCGCCAGCACGAGAUUAUUCUUCCGUACGAGGAGUGUGCACUUAUCUUCCAGACGUACAACGAACAACUCCUGCGGCAGUCAAUGUUCGUCGAGGCAGCCGAACUCCGACUUUUUUGCGUGCCCUCCUACCCUGCCGUGUAUGAAUAUGCACAGGUAGAUUCUUACAUCAAUGUCUUCUGCUUCACUUGCCGACGGCCGUAUGAAAACCCUAAGCGUGACAAUACUCGCUGCUAUCGCUGCGGUACUGCGCAGCAGCCCUGCUCUAUCUGCAUGAGCAUAGACCCUCCCCCUGAAUGGGUUGCUGCACAGUCCUCGGCAUGGGAUGAUUCCAGCUCUGAGGCCAACCCUUCGUCGCUUCUAUCAUCAUCCUCACCUUCUCCUUCCGUGUCUGCAACCGAACUUAUCCCUGCAUCUGAGACCGUUCCGCGACCCAGGGGAUCUGCCCUCUGGACCUGGUGCCAAGGCUGUGGCCAUGGCGGACAUCUUGUCUGCAUGACCACAUGGCUGAGUGAUCCCUCCAUCAGUGAAGGUGGUUGUGCUACGGCGGGAUGCAUGCACGACUGCGGACCCGGCCCGCGUCGCGAUCACAAUCGCACCAUUCUGCAAGAAGAAGCCAAACGCCGUGACUCUGCCUCUCGCAAGGCAGGAAUCGGAUUUGUGAAGCGCGAUCCCUGGGCUCGAGGCGAGAGCAGAGCCGUCGAAAAAGUGAGGGGCAUGUUGGGCCGUGUCUCGUCUGCCGGUGGUAGUGCUUCUACCUCUGCAAGCACGGGAGGACAUGGACAGAGUGGAACGGGAGCAUUGUCAUCAGGGAUGAUGUCGCCUAAGAAGGUGAGGUUGGUUACGCCCAGUGAGCAGGGGAUACGGCGCAGUGGGCCCGUCCGUACUCCUGUGAAUAAAGCUGGAGGCCGAGAUCGAGAACCUCAUUCUGACCCGGCCAAUUCGAAGAGGAUUCUCUGAUGAAGCCUGUUUGUUGGUCUGUAAGAUGAUUUUGAGCGAGGAGUUUAUUUGGCCAUUAAGUUCUCAUGGUUUACCUAGUUGUACCUGUUAAAGCUCGCAUUAUUACUGGAGAUGGACAUGACUGGAUCAUAUAUGCAUUAUAUACCUAGACAUCCUCUGGAGGAGUCUGUUUGUACUGUUAUUACUAUCACUAUCAUAGAAUAGAGAUAUUCUACCGUGGACAUGGCUGUACAUCAUCAUGAGUACUAGUAGUGAUUGAAAGUCCACAAAAGCGGCUUGAGAGGAUACUAAUCCAAUGCAUCCCAACUAACUAAUCAACCACUCAACUAGGAGUUGAUGCUCAUGAAGUUCUAGAACUACUUCAGAACCUCCUCUUCUUCUUCGCAGGCGCCUUACUCCUCGCCUCGAGCUGCCUCUUCAGCUCCUCACGCUUUCUAUCCGCUUUUUCCUCCUCUGUCUCCUCCCUCCGCGGUUCUUCGGGUUCCUCUUUCUUCGGUUUCACCGGUACAGUUUCAGUUCCAGCAGCGCCAGCAGGAGAUGGGAACCGUGGAAGGCUACUAGGCAUCAUAGAGAUACUUCUCCCGGUCUCGUUGUUCUCCUUAUUUUUAAUAUUGACACCAGUAGCUGUCUCUGUGGCAUCCUUGCCGUAACUGGGGAGAUGCUUCUUGCCGCCUAUUACGCCCAUUUUGCCUGUGCCUGUGCGUUUGGGAUUUGGUUGAGGAGGUGGCGUUGUGGUGGUCACUGUAUUCUCUGUUUUUGAUGGUGAUGGUGAUAGAGCCAGUUGAGGCCGAGAAGGAGGAGGAGGAGUGGAUUGCUUUGCUUUUUCCUUCUUCUUACCACCUAGGAUACCUAGUCUACCGGGUUUCUUGGGUUUAGGGGACUCGGGACGAGGUCGUGAUGGUGUUGAGAUUUUUGGCUGGGGGGGACGGACGGCUGUUGCUGUUGCUGUGUUUGAUUCUAAAUCCAAAUCCGAGUCUGUUUCUGUUUCUGUUUCUGUUUCUGCCGUGAUCUCCUUUUGGCCUUUCCCUUUCCCUUUCUCUUUUGUAGAUGAUGCCGGAGGGGGGUGUUUCUUUACCCCAUGGUCAGAGCUAUCGGAUUCUGUUGAUAAUUCCAAUUCUGGAUUCGGAGCAGGUUGUAGGGAUGCUAGUUUUUCUGGCUUCUUUUUCUUCCCUAUGAUUCCGAGACCGAGCCCUCGUGAUGCCUUCGGUGGUGGUUUAGGGGCUGCUGGUGGUGAUUCUGGUCUAGAAUCCUCUCUCUUUUUCUUUGUUUUCUCUUGGGAAAUGCUGGGCUUUUCGUGCUCCUCUUCUAUGUGCUUCAGCCCCGGGGGCGUUUCCUGGCGCUACGGAGUAAUCUUAACACAGGGAAUGAAUAAUGGGAAGGAGGAACAGGUACCUCAAAUUCAUCGUCCUCUGUUUCUGCACCACCAUCAGUCUCCAUUGCAGCUUCUUCUUCUGGGGGUUUCCUCUGCUGACUGCCUUUUUCAAGUGCCGUUGUUGUUGCAGUGCUGUGUAUAUCGAGGUUCUCCCACCAUUUGGCUGGCGCUGGGGUAAGCAACCACAACCGAGACGUCUCAGCUGAAUCAGAAAGUUCCGACACAACAUUUGCACCAAGGCCGAAAUCAGUGGAUGGCCCGUUAACCUCUUUGAGCCAUAGCUGUUCAUCAAAUGGCGCGACUCCCUUGAUUAACUUCGCCGCCUGUGCCAGCGUGGUGCCGUGACGGGCUCCACGUAGCCCCGUUAUGCCUGGGAAUACGGCGCUCAAAUCAAUACCCAGAGUUUCGAUAUUAUCAAAUAGCUUGCUAAGAACCCAGUCCUUCUGUUUGAUCUGUUCCAAAAGGGACCGUCGGCGAGAUUCCCAGCCAAUUUCUUCCCUCAGUAAGGGAAUCAACAAGUGCUCAGUCACCAAGCGUUGGCAAUCCCUUGAAAAAUAAAUAGGCCAUUUAAGAGGCCUCAGAGGAGCAGGCAACUUCGUUGAUACAUGUAGCUCUAAGGAAUCUAUGCUCGCCCCGCUCCUGACCGUAAUGCUGCUUCCGGGACGGCUUUGGAGGGCCUCCCCUAUCUUUUCAAGGAGGACAUCAAAUUGCUCUGGAUCCUCUGUAGGAUCGAUAGUUGUGCUUUCUUCGUCGGCUCUCUUCAGGAUCUCUUUGAAAUUCAAACGUUCGGACCACAGAUGUGUAAGAUCCGUCAGAUACAGAUCGUAGCCUUUGGGGUUUGCGGUAUAUUUGAAGAGAAGAGGGGGGAGCUCUUCGGACUUUGAGAGGUGCAGUCUCUGCCAUAUCCCCGGCAUUGUUGGCCUCAGUGAAAGGUAGACAGGAA